GUCGAACACUGUUUAUGGUUUGUGGAGAGGGUUGGGUACAGGACACACGUGGAGUGUAGCGGUGCUGCAGGAGCAGCAGGAGCAGUAGGAGACCCACCACCUCCAACGCCGUCGUCGUCAGCAUCGGCCCCCUCCACCAUCGUUGUUGUCUCUGCGCGCCGCUGCCGUGAAGGAGGAACAGGAGGAGGAGGAGCGGAACCCCCAGUGUGGAGUCGGGGGGGGGGGGGGUAGAGAGAGAUAGGGCAGGUCCCGGGUCAGAGUGAGUGGUUAAGAGAGAGAGAGGAGGAUCGUGGAAUUGUGGUGGUGGACUUGAAUAAGGAGGUUGGGUAAGUGGUGGUGGGUAGUGGUGGAGGUUCAAGGAGGUGGUUUGGGUGGUGGUGGUGUUGAUAGUGGAUUACGUAGAAGUAUUUGUUGGUGGUGGUGGAGGUAGUGGUAGUGAAGGAGGAGGUGUUACUGGUGGAGAACCUUGUGGUUGUUGGUGGUGGAGGUGGUGAAAGUGGCAGUGGAGGUGGUGGCGGAGGUUAAGGAGACGUUGCAGUAGGUGGUGGUUGAAGAGGUGGCGUAGCUGGUGGUGGAGGAGAGGUUGGGGUCGGUGGUGGUGUUGCAGGCGGUGGUGUGGGUGGUGGCAGUGUAUGGGGAAUUGCAAUCGGUGGAGUUAGUGGAGGUGAAGGAGGCGUUGCAGUGGGUGAUACGAGUAGUGGUUGUAGUGGUGGCAGUACUCAAGUAGACAUUUCAGUCGGUGGUGGAGAUAGUGGCGGUGAAGGCGUGGUUGCAGUAAGUGGUGGACUUAAGCCAGCCCUCUCAAUGGAGCUCAAGGGGUUGGACGCCGAUCAGGAAUCGUUCACGGACAAAAGCGGUGGAGCGGGAGGAGGAGGUGGUGGUGAAGCGGGCGGUGGAACAGGUGGAGGUAGAGCAGCAGGUGGUGGUGGUGGUGGACACGAAGCUGCUGGCGCAGGAGACGCGGCCACCGGAGGUGUCGUCAUCCGGGUGAAGGAGAAGAAGGGACCUCUCCGCGCCGCCAUCCCGCGGAUGCCCAUGCUCGCGGCUGUGCUCUGCCUCCUCUGCAACAUGGUCAUUCCUGGCUCAGGAACGCUGCUGUCUGCCUUCUCCGUGCUGUGCGGCGCGCGCACCGACCUGCCUGACCGCCACGUGUGCUGCGUCUUCUGGCUCAACGUGGCGGCGGCGCUCAUCCAGCUGGGCACCGCCGUGCUCAUCGUCGGCUGGAUCCUCAGCAUCUUCUGGGGCAUGGACAUGGUGUUGCUCUCCAAGGGCCGUUCGCAGCAAUAUCCCCAGCAGCUGUGAGCGUGGAGAAAGUGGGAGCACGAGGAAGAUGAGGAGGACGAGGAGGUGGAGAUGGAGACAAUGACACAUCCACGACCGAUUCUCCUCCGCUGACCAGCACGUGCAAGAAACGCCCCUCAAUUUCUCCACCAAGGGCACAGCUGCCCCCUCAAAAUCCUCAUCUUACCAACAACCAUGCCGAUUCUUACCUCAUUACUUUACAGGGGAUCGUUAAAUCAUCGCACGAUUCUGCCAACGCUUCAAUAUAAUUGCUCGGCCCAGUGGCGGCACCACCACAUGGCCUUCAAUACCAUCGGGUGUAUUCACCUGCGAGAAAUGUACGUUCGUAAAUUUGACGAAUCCAUAGAGAGGUGUGAGUUGGUCUUGGCCGGUGUGAUUAGCAGCGGUGGAAGAGGCUUGGAGUCAAGGUGAGUGAGGGAAUGGGACCAUCAUUAGUGUCACUAGUCAAUGACGAUGGUGCCUUCGUUCACCCCAGCGUCAUCCCCAAGCAAGAGAUGAUAAAUUCCCUCUAAAAACCCGCUGACAUCUGUGUUCCCCAUCCGUAAAUAUCACCUGCACCAGUGCCAGGUGUUUGGUGGGUUCUGAAUUGCACAGAAACACAUUUCUGUUAAUUCUGACCUGGCUGAGCCUUUUGUUUGAGUUUUUACCCCACUGAAAUCGAGUUUGGUUUGAGCAAAUGACCAACUUCAGCCAAUUACGCUCUGACCCAUCGUGCUUUCUUUUAGGGGUGGAAGGAUGCAUCGAUUCACGAAUCAAUAUUGUUUUUAAGCUCACAAUACACUCAUAGAAUUACACGUGUAAGACUCUACCAAUUUUUCGAUUUAAAGCUUUCGUGACUGCAGGGAUUCAUCUUCUUGUUUCUUUCGGUAAAGUCACGUAGAAGGGAAGUAAUAAAAUAAUAAAAAUAAAACAUAAUAAAACAAUUCUCACGACGUUUCGGCUACAACGCAAGCAGCCGUCUUCAGGUGAAGAAUGAGACACUACCAAACUAGGAGCUUAUAUAUAAGCUGCAUUGGGGGUUGAAGAGCGCCUUAACAAAAAGAAUGUGCAUGUG